GUGCAUGGCUGUUAUGAAUAUAUAUGAGGUUGAAUCAAACAAAAUCAUCAUUACAAUGUCAACAACAACCAUCAAAGCUUCUUACACCAUCAUCCCCGCCGAGCACACUCCAAACACCGACCUAUGGCUGUCUCCCAGUGAUCAAGUCACGCGUUGGACUCAUGCUUCCACCAUCUACGUUUACAAAGAAGCCCCCAACCACGACGCCAUGGACACAAUGAGAGAUUCUCUCAGCAAGAUUCUUGUCCAUUACUACCCCCUCGCGGGAAGACUCAGCUGGAUCGAAGGUCACCGUCUGAAACUCAAUUGCAACGCCAAGGGUGCCAUAUUGCUCGAAGCCGAAUCGACGAAAACACUCUCUUCUUAUGGAGACUUCACGCCGAGUGACACCAUAAAAAAUGAGCUCACUCCAACCGUCGAUUACACCCAACCCAUAGAGGACCUUCCUCUAUUGAUAGUGCAAGUGACCAGGUUCAAAGGAACCAAAGAGGGCCUUGUCAUAGGCAUAGCUCUUAACCAUGUUUUAUGCGACGGCCUUGCCGCCAUUCAUUUCAAAAACUCGUGGGCCAAGCUUUGUAAAGGAGAUGUCGAGUUAGAUCACACUGAGAAGUUCCCCUUCCUCGAUCGGACGGUGAUGAACUCCUCCACGCGCCCGCGCUUCGACCACCCCGAGCUGAAGCCGCUCCCGCUCCUACUAGGCAGCACUGACCCCGUUGCAGAGCGGGAACACGAGAGGGCUGUCGCGGUGCUGAGACUAACAAAGGAGCAAGUGGCCACACUGAAGGAAAAGACCAAUAACGGCAGCCUUGAAGAACAAGAAGCAUUGUCUCCACGACCUUACAGCACGUACGAGGUUGUAUCUGCACACGUUUGGAAAUGUCUAACAAAGGCGCGCGGGCUUGAUGGCGCUCAGCCGACAGUGGUUAGGGUGACUGCGGAUAUUCGUAGCAGGUUGAACCCGCCUCUCCCUAUGAACUAUUUCGGGAACGCGCUGGCCGUGUCGUUGACUCCAACUUGUUUUGCAAGGGAUGUAUUGUCAAACCCGUUGAGGUUCUGUGCGAGGAAGAUAAGGGAAGCAGUGGAGUUGCUCAAGGAUGAUUAUGUGAGGUCUCAACUAGAUUACAUUCAGUGUCAGGAGCAGAUAGAUUCGAUUCGAGCUUCACAUUUGGAACCUGGGAAGCGUAAAAAUGCACCAUUUUAUGGUAACCCGAAUCUUAUGAUUGUGAGCUGGAUGAGCAUGCCUGUGUACGAAGCAGACUUUGGGUGGGGGAAGCCUGCGCAUUUCGGUCCUGCAGCUGUGUUUCCUGAUGAUAUAGUGUAUAUAAAUCGGAGCUCCAAUGGGGAUUGGUCAAUUCCCGUGUGUGCGCAUUUGCAGAAAAGACACAUGGAGCUUUUCAACAAGUUUUUUUACCAGGAUAUAUAUGAAAUGAAUUCUUUGUUUGUGUGAUACAAUCAUGUAUCCACAUACAUCAUAUUAUUCCCCUCUGUUUUUACAUCUAUCAUUUAUCUUUCUUCUCUUUCUAGCUCCCUCCCUUUAUGUGUUAAAUCUAUUAUUUUAUGUAUUUCUUUUAUAAGCAGCAAACUUCUUAUGUGUGAUUGAGUUUGGAUUUGUUCAGGCUAUAGAAUUUUUUAUGAUUCAUUUA